UAUUGUUAACCUACUGCACAAUGGAUCUACUGCACAAGCAACAACGCGUAGAUACGACGACGACAGAAGCAAAAUGAAACGCUAACCUCGGUUCUGUACUGGUGAUUCCGCUUUACGAAUUUCUCAGCCUGUGACUUUCCUCUUGAUUCUGUGCUUUGAGUGGUAAUCAUCAAGAGUUUUGAGAACAAUGGGAAAAGAUAAGACAAAGGAGGCAGGAGGGAAAGGCAAGGGGAAACAGGCAGCAAGUGGAAGUGAUGAGAAUGCUUCUAAAGGCAAAGGAAAAGGCGCGAAAGGUGGAGAUGGGCUUGGUACUUGCACCUAUGUUAAAGCAAGGCAUAUCUUAUGUGAGAAACAAGGUAAGAUUAACGAAGCCUACAAGAAGCUGCAGGAUGGUUGGCUUAGCAAUGGAGAUAAAGUCCCCCCAGCAGAGUUUGCAAAGAUAGCCCAAGAGUAUUCUGAGUGUCCAUCAGGAAAGAAGGGUGGAGAUCUUGGAUGGUUUCCCAGGGGAAAGAUGGCUGGGCCAUUUCAGGAUGUUGCCUUCAACACAGUUGUUGGAGCUACUAGUGCUCCUUUCAAAUCAACGCAUGGCUACCAUAUCAUCUUAUCUGAAGGAAGAAAGAACUGAUCCCUGAAUAAAAAGAAAUUGAGUCUCAACGGCACUAAAGCACUUUAGUUAUCUGGUUAAAUGAUCGGAUGUUGGUUCCUUUCUUUUUUGUGAUUCUGGUUGAUAAUGUAAAACCAACAGUUUGCCAUAUGUAUGUUGAUCUUGCUUUCCAGUACUUUGACGAUUGAGAGCAUAUAUGUAAAUGUGGAUGGUUUCACUAUAUUUGCGAAGUUUAUUACUGUUUUAGUUCCAUUCAA